AUGUCUGCCAACUCGCCGCCUGAUAAUAACCUCCCGACAUCGAUACCUACGACGUCAACAUCAACGACCACUACAAAUAACAGCCCCUCUCCAUCAUCAUCAUUCACCCCUCAGUCUUCGUCUUCAUCCCCUGCCUCGUCAACCCAAGAUCAAGACCCUGAAACCGCCCGUCGAACCCUCGAAGCCCGGACCGCCUUUACCGCCUCUCUCCAUUCAGUCGGUCAAAACGUCUCGUCGGAUCUCCGCGCUCGCGCGACAGAUCUCCAUAACAACGCUGCUGCAAUCCAAAAACAGGAGAAUGAGCUGACAAAACACACGACAGAUCUCAAGAAACAAAAUGAUCAAUGGGACAAAGUCGUUGAGAGUGCGCGCCAGGGGCUGAAGGAAAUCGGCGACGUUCAAAAUUGGGCGGAGAUGAUUGAGAGGGAUCUACUUGUUGUAGAAGAGGUACUUAGGCUGGCUGAAGGCAACGCAGAGGCAGGGGAAGAAGACAGAAGGGACCACUAUCAAUCAGAAGGCGAAGGAGACAUGACGGAGAGAGAAGACGGGGUCACCAAGGGAAAGAAGGCGAGCCAAGAACCCGUUGAGAUACUAGAUGACACGUCUUCUGCAGCGUCAGAGAUGACCGGCACGUCGGCUACUUCAGGAUCAAGUUCGGAUUCUUCUACUAAACCUAGUCCGCCUGUGCAAGACAUUCCACAGCCGGUGAGAAAGGGGGACGGCGAAAACAAGCCGACUGGGGGAUGGUGGGGACGAUGGUGGCAAUGA